AUGACGGUUGUCCUGCUGGUGUACUUCUACACUGGGCUCACAAACAGGGACCCAGAUAUACCUGCUAGUUUUACCUUUGUGAUUCAGAGCAUUAUGGGAUGUCCACUUCACUUUGCAGUAGCCUUAGAAUCUGCACUCCUAGACUCAUAUUGCUUUUACUCAUUUCCAGGGAUUUCAAGGACCAGUUGCCUGGGAUAUGCAGUUUCCUUUUCUUUUUUGUAUGCAAAAUUCCCAUCCAUGUGGACCCACUUGGUGUACUUGUAUACCUGACAAGCCCUUGACCUGUGCCUAGGCUGGGCCCUGCUCUGUACAUCCACAACUGUGUUUGUCAAGCUUUCUUCAAGACUCAUCCAGAAUGGACAUAUAAACGUAAGUUUCAGCAGAGGGGAGAAAGUCCUCAUUGCAUUUUGA